AUGUCCCUCCCCGGUUUAGAGCUCACACAAACACCGGUCGAAGCUCGCAGCACCCCCGCACCGCCCGUCCAACAUAGUCUUCCAAGGGGCUCGGAGUGGAGAUUUGAAAUCGCAUUUGGACGAACAGUGAGGGUAAAACUUCUCGCGGGCACCGCAGAGCUCUUCGGCACCGAACUAGCCUCCUCCCAAACAUACACCUUCUCCGGAACCAAAGCCGCAAUAUACACUUGGCAUGGCUGUACGCUAGAAGUGAGCGCCGGCGACCCCAUAUCCAUUGGUGGACUGGGCAGUGUGCCUCCGCCGCCAGGCUCAGGCAGCGGGGGUUGCCAGGUCGAGUAUGUAGCGGAGGAAACGCCCAUGGCCGAGUACGUCAAUAUCCACGGCGCGCUGGAGACUAUGCGCGAAGAAGCGAAAGCUAGCGGCCGCGAGGGACCCCGCGUACUCAUCCUGGGUGCGGAGGAUGCGGGCAAGACGAGUCUCGCGAAGAUUCUCACGGGGUAUGCGACGAAGAGGGGCCGGCAGCCUGUUGUGGUUAAUCUGGACCCGUCGGAGGGGAUGUUGAGUGUGCCCGGUAGCUUGACGGCGACGGUGUUUCAGUCUAUGAUUGAUGUGGAGGAAGGGUGGGGGAGUAGCCCUAUGUCCGGCCCCAGUCCAAUACCGGUGAAACUGCCGCUGGUAUAUUUUUAUGGAUUGCCGAGUCCGCUGGAUGCGGAGGGCCAGGUAUAUAAGCCGAUUGUGUCGAGGCUGGCAUUGGCAGUUGCGGGGCGAUUGGCGGGAGAUAAGGAUGCGAGGGAAUCGGGGUGCAUUAUUGAUACACCUGGGGUUCUUAGCCAAGGGAAGGGGGAAGAUCUUAUCCAUCAUAUUGUUACUGAGUUUUCAGUCACAACGAUCCUUGUCCUGGGCUCCGAACGCCUUUACAGCUCCAUGGUAAAACAGUACGACAACAAACCUAUCUCCACAUCCUCGUCUACCACAAUCGCCACUGUCGCUACUGGCGCUACCCCUUCCUCCCUCGACCGUAUAUCCGUCGUCAAAGUGACAAAGUCCGGCGGGUGCGUUGACCGCGAUGCUUCCUUUAUGAAGUCUGUCCGUGACUCACAAAUCCGCUCAUACUUUUUCGGCAACCCCAUUCCUUCCACCGCCUCCUCCGCACUCUCGCUCUCUGCCACCUCAUCAGGAACAACAAUAACCCUCUCCCCGCACGCACAGCAGCUCGAUUUAGAUUCCCUCUCCAUAUUCACCAUCACCGCCACUCCCGAGGACGAGGAUGACUACGAUCCUUCAACCUUCGGCAUGAAUGACUCUUUUUUACCCGGGGGUAUCAACGACCACGAAGAUGAUGACAAUUCGCAAAUGCAACAGCCCCAGCAACCGCAACAGCAACAAUAUAUCGAUCAAGCUAUGACCUCAUCAACCUUCCCCGCCUUCCUGUCUGCAUCCAACGCCUCAGCAACAACAACAACAUCCCAACCUCCUCACACCGUCUCCAUUCCUCUAAAAAAGCUGCCUCCCUCCACAACCUCCCCCGCCCCACUAGCGCUAGAAAACACACUGUUAGCAAUAACACACGCAGCCCCAAACGCGCCGCUCCAUGAGAUCCGCGACGCCAGCAUCAUGGGUUUUGUAUAUGUUGCAGGCGUUGAUGAGAAGAAGGCGAAAAUCCGAGUGCUGGCUCCCGUCGGGGGCAGGGUGCCUGCUCGAGCUAUGAUAUGGGGGAGGAGGUGGCCGGGGGAGUUGGUGGGGUUGGUUGCGUGA